GAUCGUUAAGGAGUUUACCCUCAAUGUACAAAUAAUUACUUCGAUGGAUUGCUAAAGAUGUAAACUACACUGACAGAUCACCCUCUUGUAUAUUUGUUUGUAUUGUUUGUAGUAACUUAUUUAGUCUCUAACUUACAUACUUUAAUAGCCAUUUAGAGUACCUGUAUAGUUGCUGCGAUGCGCGCCAUUUAACGCAAAUAGCCGGCAACCCGGAUUCUAACAAAGUAAUUUGCUAUAACCCUAAACCUAGCAACGCUUUUAUUUGUUUCCUUUUAUCUAAUCUGGGACAGCAGCGGGGGAAAGGCACAGCAUACACAGAUGUAGAUCCCUUGAUCCGAUACCAGGUCUCGAAUGCACCUGGCGGCCAGGAAGGCACGUACAAUAUCUAGAGGCGAGCCAAUGAAUGCAGCGAGUUUUUCACAGUCAUGCACAGCGCAAUCCAACUAAAUAUUAGAUGCUUCCCCCCCAAAAGGCGGCUGGUUGAAAUCACGCAAUACGCCAAUGACGACAAAUUGCGUGCUUUGGGCGAUGGCCGCCAGUUAGCUGCUAGCGGGAAACCCCACCACCAGCACCUGGCAGUUGGCGGCACCUGGCACCUGGCAGCCAACUGUACAAGUGGUCCUGGCGAUGCUGUACCAGCUGGCGCCAGGUGCCUCGCAGUGGCGGCGAGAGCGGGGGAGGGGGGGGGGGCGGGCACGACAACCCGACCCGAAUGCUGCGGGUGCUGGCUUCUCCGAUAGAGGAGGGCUUGGAUGCAGAUGAAUGGCGGCAGCAGCAGAAAUGAUGUGAUUGCGUUGUACUGGGAGAAUAAAAGCCGGCUCAAUGCCGCACUUCCCCUCUUCUUGGGCUCUGCUGUCUUUCCAUCCUGCCGUGAUACCCCAACUACUAUUUUCAAGCAAGCAUUAUACUCCCAUCGACUUUGGUAUAGCUCUCCCAUAUCUAUACUAUGGCAGAGAACGUGAGCAAGAACUUUGAGACUCUUCAGAUCCACGCGGGCACCGCUCCGGACCCAGCGACCAACGCCCGAGCUGUUCCAAUCUAUGCUACGACGAGCUUUACUUUCAAUGACUCGGCCCAUGGCGCGCGGCUCUUUGGCCUCAAGGAGUUUGGCAACAUCUACAGCCGCAUCAUGAACCCUACUGUCGAUGUCUUUGAGAAGCGCAUAGCUGCAUUGGAAGGCGGUGUCGCUGCGCUGGCUGCUUCGUCGGGCCAGGCCGCCCAGUUCAUCACCAUCAGCACACUCGCGCAUGCUGGUGACAACAUUGUCUCCACGUCGAACCUGUACGGCGGCACCUACAACCAAUUCAAGGUCUUCCUCCCUCGUCUGGGCAUCCAGACCAAGUUUGUUAACGGAGACAACCCCGACGAGAUUGCCGCCGCCAUUGACGACAAGACCAAGGCCGUCUACGUCGAGAGCAUCGGCAACCCGCGCUACAACGUUCCUGAUCUCGAGGCCAUUGCCAAGGUGGCCCAUGACAAGGGCGUCCCUCUAGUGGUCGACAACACAUUUGGCGCUGGUGGCUACUUUGUCCGCCCCAUCGACCACGGCGCCGACAUUGUCGUGCACUCUGCAACCAAAUGGAUCGGUGGCCACGGCACCACAAUCGGCGGUGUCAUUGUCGACUCUGGCAAGUUUGACUGGGCCGCCAACGCUGCCCGCUUCCCCCAAUUCCACGAGCCGUCCGAGGGCUACCACGGCCUCAAGUUCUUCGAGACCUUUGGCAACAUCACCUUCAUCAUACGCGCCCGCGUGGAGAUUCUGCGCGACCUCGGCGCCAGCUUGAACCCAUUUGCCGCGCAGCAGCUGCUCCUUGGUAUCGAGACACUUAGUCUGCGCGCCGAACGCCAUGCACAGAAUGCCCUGGCUCUCGCCCAGUACCUCGAAAAGAGCCCAUACGUGUCGUGGGUGUCGUACCCCGGUCUUGCGAGCCACCCGUCCCACGAGACAGCCACCAAGUACCUCAAGAAGGGCUUUGGUGGUGUUUUGAGCUUUGGCGUCAAGGGCGGCGGCUCGGCAGGCAGCCAGGUUGUCGACAACUUUAAGCUCAUUUCCAACCUUGCCAACGUUGGCGAUGCCAAAUCGCUGGCUAUCCACCCCUGGACUACAACUCACGAGCAGCUGUCUGAUGAGGAAAAGGCCAACUCGGGAGUCACAGAAGACCUCAUCCGCAUUUCCGUUGGUAUUGAGCACAUCGACGAUAUUAUUGCCGACUUUGAGCAGUCGUUUGAGGCUGCGGGUGUCGCCAAGUCGACGUAGAUUUCGCAACCAUAAGCCGAUGGAACUUAAUUUUUGAUAGCAAUGAAUAUAAAUAGUGUGUAAUUUCUCUAAAUUUCGCGACCUUUAUCAAUAUAAAUAAUUAUGCCAGGAU